GAUUCGAAGGCUGGGAUCAAUCCAUCGCGGAACAAUCACUACUUCUUGAUCCCAAACUGGGGUCUUUACGAGGUCGUUGACUUACUCUGUCGUUGCCAAUCUAUUUGGGGUCGUGUCACACAUGUUUAUCAUCUGAGGAAGGUCGAUGAGGCGAAAAAGAUAUUUGAUGAUCGACUCAGCAAUGUCAUAGACCUUACGAUAGAUAUUUCCACCGCUCGAUAUCCCACCUCCACUUCACGCCCGCGCACUGAAGGCAUCGUACCUUCUUCUAAUUGAACCUCUACCGUCUCAAGUAUUGGGAAACGAUCACGCGAACAUGCCGUUGAAACUGGAAGCAGCAAGCGCCACAAGUCAGGCUCUGCUCACCCAGCAAGCAAGCAGAAUCAAGGCUCCGAGAAGCUUGAAUGGCAAGAAAUUGAUCGCAACGAUGAAUCCCAUCUUUUCCCAACUUACCAGCCUUCGCCCAUCCCUGAACUCGACCUCUGUCCUCCGCCGCCUUCCAUGAUCCUGAAAGAUUCAUGGCCUUUGGACGGCCAUGACGAGAUUGAAGUUUUUCGUUUCACUCAAGGAGAGAUGGGAAUACCUGAAGUUUACGCCCAGUACACAGUUGAACAUGGUAAAAAGGGGGCGUGGGUUGAGGAGGAGAUUAGAAAAAUAUUUCUUCUGGAAGAAAUAGAAUUCAUAUACAAGGGGUCAAAAGAUACACCAUCGAAGGGACCCAACAGUCAGGCGGAGAAGGAAACACAAUCUAAGAUGGAAGAUCAGGAGGAAGGCAAGAAGAUGGAGAACAGAGUACAUAAGCGACUGAUAUUGAAAACGGAGUGCUGUAAGUUCCAGACGGCUGCGGGGCCGUACCAAUUCUUAGAAGGCAUGUUUCAUGGAAUGAUGGGUCACUAUAAUAUGUAUAAGGAUGGAUGGCUGCACCGCGAUGUCAGCGAUGGUAACGUUCUAUUGUUACCAGAGCCCGAAAUACGAAAGCCUCUGACACGGUUCGAAUGCACCAAGAACUUGACAAAAUGUGUGGGCGUGAUCUCUGACGGCGACCAGGCAAUCAGAUGGCGAGAGCUAGAUCGCAAGCUUGAGAAACAUCGUUCGGGAACACUCCCUUUCAUUUCUAGGCGGAUGCUGAGCGCGUGGGAUGAUGAUGAACCCAUACUUCAUACAUUUGCGGAUGACUUGGAAUCUUUCUUCUGGGUGAUAUUAUGCGUGUUGUUGAGCAUUGGCGCCGAGCGCAAUAGUUUAACAGGUAAAGAGAGAAAAUGGCUUCUUGAAAUACUCGCUGCAGACGAUCCUGAUGCUGGAGGCUUCAGUCCUGAGAACAAAACACAAACUUUCCCCUGUUUUGAAGGUUUUUGUACCCUUUUUCACAGACAUCAUACCGCUCAUGAAUGAGGCUACGGAGGCUGCUGAUGAGCUCAAUUCAGACAACUUGGUUGAAUCUCUAACGACACUCGGAGACAAAUUUUACGAGAUGUGGUUUACAGCUUUCCUACGUGCACUACCAUCAUUGCCCAAGACCUGGGACGAAGUUUUGAAACCUCCAAUUUGAUCACAGAGACGCUUUAACACCCGCCCAUGUCGUCUCAUCCUAUAUAUCUCUGUCAUUGCCCUCCCUACCAUCAUCUCAGGACUAUCCUGUACAUAUCAAUAUGCAUGUAUCUACUUUGUUAAGUUAGCCGUUCGUUGCACCCUGAGAGGUAACAGUUUCAUUCAUUUUAUUACUUUUUCCUGUAGAGACAAGAUUUGAGCCCUCGGAUUAUAUUCCUUGUCGCAGAGAAAUUUUGUUCAGUAUUUAAAUAGAAUAUAGCGCAUUGGAUUUAAU